AUGGCGGGUGUCUACGGAAUUUUAUUUAUGCUUGCUGCAGCAUAUGCCGUGGUAUUAUACUUAGUUAAUCUAGUACCACAUGUCUCCAUCAAAUACGUCGGCAUCCUUUCUUUAAGAGGUGUAACGAUAAAAUUCAAAACAACCACCGUCUAUAUUGGAAAAAUUGCUCUUCAGAUUAAUGCAUUUGGACCAAGGGAUGAAUCGUUGAAAUGGCUAUCGCUCAUAUUGGCCGACGUCAAUAUUACCUGUUUAAAAGAUCAUCAAUCAAGAAAGAAUAAAUCAGAAUCUACAAAGAAACAAACCACCACACCCUGGCAUGAUAAAUCUAUUAAAAGCCGGCUUCAAUUUCAUGUGCCAACCAUGAUCUACAACUAUUUAUUGCGAACAGAGCUCAUCAAUAAGGUCAAUUUCAUUAUUGUCAGAGCCUCGGUUUACCACCAAAGCACGCACGAGCAUUUUUGUGCAUCCUUGGAGUUUACAAGAUUGGAGGCAAGGAUUUCCAAAUGUCAUAACCUUAGAGUUACUGCCACUUUAUUCAAUGGAUUGAUAUUUGAAAACGAAAACAAGGACAAUAAACUUGAUUUGUUUCGAAAUGUGGAAUUUUACGUUGAUUGUGUAAUUAUCACCGCAUGUGAUGUGGAACGAGCCAAUAAAAUUAGGAUUAAUUUUGAGGAGUUUAGAACAUCCUUGUCAAUUGGAAGACUAAACAUUCCCAUGGAGUAUAUUCGGUCAACAAAUAGACAACAGAAAAGCGCGAAAACUGAAUCAACGAGAGAACCAUCAACCCCUGUUGAAGAUGAUUCUGCGAAACAAGUUACAAAUGUGAUUCAAUAUAAGCAUUUGUUACAAGACUUGUUGUCAUUGUACUCGCUAACAGAGAUCCGGCUCGAGGAUUUCACAUUGUCCUACAAAUCCGUCUCCCUCAAUCUUUCAAAUUUUGUCUUUUCGUUGGAAAAGGUUGUUAGACCCACAACGACCUCGACAUUAAAACUACAACUUUAUGUGACAUCGUUUAAGUUUUAUCACUUGGAAACAAAAUGCAUAGAAUUGCCAUCGGGAACGGUUUCUUACGAAGUGUGCCCCAUGGAAAUUCUCAGGGUUUCUCAAGUGUUGCUCGACCUUGAUGAAAAAUCACACCAACGAAUAAAUUUUGACUUUGCCAUAACAUUGACCAACCCAGUUUUUGAUGUCUACUACGAUCAAGAAGAUAUAUUGUUUGGAUUGCUUCGAGAUAAGAUGAUGCGUAAACGUAUGAAUAAAAUGAGAACAGCUGCCGGUGUGCAUCGAAAAGAAGAAGCAAUGAAGAAGUUGACACUUGCUUCAAAAAUGUUAAAAGACAUAUCAACAAAGAUUGUGAUUGUUGAUACUGUAGUAAAUGUGCACUUGCCACGAAUAGGACUGACUAGGGACGAUGUUUUCAAUCGUCAUUCUAAUUCCAACACCAAAGUGACCUUUGCUGUAACCGAUCUAACACACAAGGUAUUUACUAAAUCACAAAUGAAAAUUGUCAAGGGAAGCGGGAAAACACAGAAGCACACUAUCAAUUCGUUUCUCAAGAUCAAAAAUCUCAAAGGUGAAGCAGAUGGUAAUUUGGCUCAAUUCACAAAAGUCAAUUUGCUUCUCGCAUAUGAUUUGGAUCGCUUGAAAUUGGCCAUUAGAUUGUCAAGCAAAGCAAUAAAUUUCAGAUCCGUCAAUGAUAUUUUCUUCUACUUGGUGAGACAGUUCCGCAACCGUCAACGGAUCUACUUCAACAAGAAAUUCGUAGAGUGGAUGAAAUCUUUUGAAAGAAACGGUGCACCUGAUCAACCAAACAAAGCUGAACGUUUAUCAUAUGGUGACUUAAAUAACCCGAUUGGUGAAAACCAAGAAGAUGAGCUUAUCAAGAUUUUCAAAGUAUUACCACCAUACGUAUCCUCAAUCAAGGUUGAUUUAUCGUCUUUGACAUUCGACAUAAAAAGUAAGGAAGAGUUACCGAGUCAAAAAAUCUAUGACUACCGGAUUGGAAAGGAAAUCGAUUUGAAAGAUUAUCGACGUGGUAUUUCACUAAAAUUGGCUGACCUUUCUGCCAUCUAUAAACUUUCGCGUGAAGAGGUUCAAAUUUCGAUCGGUUUAGUGCAAGCUGCCACACUCAGUGAGUAUGCCCAGGAGUACUUGAUUUCGAACGACAAGGUUGAUGAGUCACAAACGAGUGAUUCCGACUUUGAUGAUGUGUCAACUAUAAACUCCUUGGAUUCAACGCCCACAGAUACCAAUGCUUACGACUCAGAUGGCUUAGGCAACACCGAUACUUAUGGUGUGAACAAUGUUCUUGCAAUCAAGAAUAUCAAUAUUGUUAAUGAAACGUCCAAAUCGGAGGAUAGAGAUCCUAACAAACUCAUAUUAACAGUUCCCGAAGUCGAUGGACACAUUGACACAUUUUUCCUUUGGUGCAUUUUCUACGCCAAGACCUUGCUUCAAAGAUUUGCCCCCACCGUCGAGUCGAAUUGCACAAAGGAGCAAAUAAAGCAAAUCACUGGUCCGAAGAAGAAACUCAAGCUUGAUGUAUUGUUGGAGUCUGUAACCAUUUCGGUGAAGCUUCCACACAAUGUGGACGUGCUUAUUGAAUUUGACCGUUCAAGGCUACAAAAUGUUUUUGUUUUGAAAAACGCUGAUGUUAAGAAUAUUCGAAUGUACGUGGUUCAUCCAAGCACAAAAUUGUGGGCAAGAAUAGUAGUGAUCAAAGAGGCCAAUUUUAGCAUUGAUGUGUCCAAAACCUUACAUGAAGCUUCAUUUGAAUUGCAAACAAAAUCCAUUUUGUUCAAUGUGCCAAACAAAUUUGCUAUUUAUACUGUCAUUGACAAUACCAUUUCUCUCGUCAAAGCGAUAAAACAAUUGCUGCAUAAUUUCAAGCAUUUCAACUAUGGCAUUGACAACUUCGAGCGCGUGUACCCUGUGGCAAAGGAUGCGAUGGUGUUUCCUCAUGUUAGGAUCAAGACAUCAGUAUUGGGUCUCACACUUGAAAAUGAUCCAUUUGAAAACGAAUUGGCAAUGAUUUAUGAAUUGGGUACAAUUGAGCAACGUGUGAGAAGGAGAAAAUUGGAGGCGUUUGAAGCAAAAUGUCAGGAAAUCAGAGCCAACGUACAACCUGAUAUCGAGGAACAAAUAGAGUUGACUGAUUUGCCAAGUCCCGCAUUGGGUGGUCGCAAGGGGCUGUCUAAAAAGGGUUCCGCCUCUACUAAGCAAAAGAUGCAAAGUCCUUUGAGAAAUGAGGCGACGUAUCAUGAAGAUUCCACGUCAAACGAGCCGAGGUCAAGUAACGAAAGUGGAAGAACAAAAUUCAGAGGCACUUUCUUAAAGAUGAGGCGUAACCAUUCUCAUCGUAAGCAUCCCAAUGGAGCUCCAAUCGAAUCAGACGUGGAGAACGAUACUAAACCAAAAUUGACGAAAGCUCAAGCUGAAGAGGAAAUCAAGCAAGCUAAGGAGAGAUUAGAUCACAACUUUUCACUCUCAUGGAUGAGAAAGUUUAAAGCUUUCAAAGACGUACGUAACAAGAAUUGGAAGGAAAGAAGAGAAGAAGUUUGGGGUCAGGAUGAUCCAACAGAUAUUAUGAAGUCUAAAUAUGACAUUGUCGAGUAUGCUGAUGGGCCUACUUUGACUGCGGCGUUGUUUCAGGAUGUGGACUUGACAUUGGAUAAGUUCAAAGGGGGAGAUAUUGACGAGUUUUUGUACAAGUAUGCAAAGAAACAACCGAAACAAAAAUACUCAAUCUUGGUUCCUUUGUAUAUUGAUUUAACGGCAAGGAAUUUCCACAUGCUUUUGAAAGACUAUCCUUUACCUUUGGCGUCAUUUCCUACAAACAGCAACCCACAAGUUCCUACUGUUCAUAUCAAAACAAACCUCGUGGUAAAUGAAAAUCUAUAUCACAGAAAGGAAGAGUUACGUUACAUUUAUGUCCCAUUCUCAUGGGCUGUAUUUGAUAACGGGGUAUCAGACAAUUUCUACUCUGUCUAUAUCCCCAGGACCUUGACAACAGUCAAAUUUGCCGCCGAUUUUCAGUGUAAUUUAAACACUGAUCGUGCUUGUAUUGUGGGGUGGUCCAAAUCGUACCAACCUGCAUUGAGCACUAUGGGCCAAGCAUUUGAGAACUUUUCUAAACCCGCAAUUGACGAUAGUCCAAUUGGUAUUUGGGAUAAAUUACCAUUAAUGAUGCAUGGUAAGUACAAGUUCAACAUUGCGAAUGAGCUUUGCUUGCAUAUGAAGAGUGGUAGAUCUCCAUACAAGUUGGUAGGGUUAAACUCGGGGUUUGUUUUCAAUUGGAAAAAUAAUGUCGAUUUAACCAUUGAUGGAACAAUCGAUCCUAAGAGAUUGGUUGUGAUUACAAGUGAUGAUUUUUUGUUUGCUGUUCCAAAUUAUUCAGUGCACGAAAAGCAUACAUGGAGUUUAUAUUACGAUGGUCAUGCUGAUUUUGCACCAACCAGCGACCCCGAGGGAAAGAAGUACCACAAAAGAGUCAUUAGGCUUAGCUCCAAUGAUAGGGUCGAGUGGUGUUUGGGAAUGAUGUUUGAAAGGAAUAAGCAUUUUUCGCAUAGACUUUCAGACCAAGAGGAAAGGACUUCAGAGUUUUUACCUCAUUAUAAAGUCCAAAUCACCAAUCCUGCUAACGAAUAUCACCCUGAUUCUUACGAUGGGUAUAGAGCUGACUAUGUUCAUAUGGCAUUAUCUGUCAUCUCAAAGUCCCAUAACGGUCAAGCAUUCAACGCAGCAUUCUUAACUCCGUUGGCUUUCCAUCAUUUCUUCUACUGGUGGGACACAGUGGCCCACUACUCACCAACACCCGUGAGACUGGGGAAACUAUUCACGAAUGGAGGAAAGAAGCCCAAGAUCAAAUUGAGUCCUCACUUGUUUACUGUCAAGUAUCAAAUGAUUUUUAACCCUGUGACCAUUUCGCACUUGUACAUUCAUUCAAGUAACGAGUUACACGGGAAAAAGAAUAGGGUUGCGUUUACUGGGUUGAAGGGUAAGUUUGACGUUUGUGAAAUAGAUUUGCACCAAAGGAAGGAGUUGUUGACAUAUGUCAACCAGAAGUUGAACAAACGCACUCAAGUGAAGCACUUGAAAAUGAAUCAAGCUGAGAUCAAUGUUGAAAGAGCUGACGUGAGGAUUUUGAAUGCCUUGUUUCCUGAUCAAUCAGUGAGUGGACGUUUAUUGUCGUACUUGACAGGCGACAAUUCUUCUGAUAACCUGGGAAGUCAUCAUCAUGGGCCAAUGCAUUCGUCAAAGUUUUCAAAAUGGAUUGAGAGUGUGGAGGUACCCGAUGGAGAUCUAUCAUGGGUGGACCCAGAAGACUUUAUUGAGUUGGAUGUGAAUGAGCCGUUAUCGGCAUACCCAAAGAUUAAGAUUUUCCCGUUUUUUGCUACUCCAAAACUCAGCUAUUUCAGGGAGUUUACAUUACGUGAAGAUGGACCGUAUCCCUUUGGGAAUGAGACUAUACACAAUUGCUUGAUGGAUACCGAAAAACCUAGUGGUGUCCAAUCUCGUAUUUUGUCAAAGCGUGUUGAAACCCUUAAGCGUGAGUUAUCGAGGAAGCAACAUGAGCUCAGCCGUAUGAAAUCUCAAACUCAAUCCGAUCAGAAUUUGCGAGACGUGGAGAUCGAUAUUCAACUAUUGCAAGAUAAAAUUGAUGUCAUUGAUGAGGCACACAAGAAUUUCACCGAGGAAGAUUUGAAAAUGACCAACAAUUUUGAUGAUCCAGAUAAUCUCACAGCAUUACUGAAACAACAAUCUGGCUUAUCGGCUUACUCUAGUCACAGGGACAAAAGUGAUCUUGUUGAGGCAGCUAAUUUUGUAGCGAUUGCCGAGUUUCAUAAUCGGUUUAUUGUGCACAAUUUACAAAUGAAAUGGGAUGAUGAUAUAAAGGUGUACUUUGAAAGCUAUUUGGAAAGAAUUGGUGACAGAAGGGAUCAUGUUUACUACAUGACCAGAAUGGCAAUUGAUCUUGUUCAGAAUGUUAUAAGUGAAGGGGAAAAAGUUGAAUCAGAUGACUUAAAUUUUACAGAUCGAACUUUUACUAAUUUCAAAGGCGGAAUCGAAGCGAUGGAGGGAUUUACAGAAGCUUUGGAUGUGGUUCAAAAUCCAGAUGUCGAGGAAGCGGAGCACAAGUAUUUGAUCAAAUUGAUCCACCCACAAAUACAAAUGAUUAGCAAAAAAGCACCUGACACCACUGUUAUUGUCACUUCUAGAGAUUUGGAUAUCAAAAUCGUCGACAUUAAUCAGAAGGAUUUGGUGAACGUUUUAACAGAUAGUUCGGACACGACUGCGAAAGUUGAGUCAAGAAUUGGGGUUUUAUUUAGAGAGGAGCAGAUUUUCGUUGUGUCUAAGGAUGACUUGUCACACUCGGACUUGAGAUCAAAGUUUGCUAAAGGAGGGUACAUGAAUGCAACUUCUAGUUGGCCACCAUGGUUUGAAUGUGAAGUAUGUUAUAGAGGAGCAUGGGCACAAGAAUACCUUGUUGCCGAGAGAAAUACCGUGGCCCUUGUUUACAAAAAGCCCAAUAAUUUGUUCCUCAAUGCAAAGAACUUACAACGUCACAACGAAGUUGUUGUUUUCAUCAACAAGUAUGUGGUAAAUGCUACGUCUUCUCAAUAUUCAAGCAUUUUUUACGUUGUUACAGAGUUGUUACUCUCAGGAGAUAAAAAGGAUAGCCUCCAGUCCAAAUUGUCGAAAGUUGUUUCGCUUACUGAUGCAAGUGACUUUAAAGGAUUGGAUACUAAAGUGAAGAAUUUACAAACCACAAUAAGAGAAUUUAAUGACUUGGUUCUAACAUUCCAUCAACGAGGUGCAACCUUGAACGAAACAGAGCAAAAACAUUUGCAGAUUAUUGAAUUGGAGAUGGAGAAGCUGAAGUUGGAGUUGAUUUUGAUUAUGAAGCUAUUGGGCACUAGGAACAAAUCCAAAUCAAAAGAAACAACCAAGUUUUGGCAUAUUUUAACCGACCAAGUGAUUUGGCACUUCCUUACUGAUGACAGACAGCCAUUUAUAGAUAUUGCAUGCACGGGAAUAGUGUUUUCGCGUGUUGAAUCCAUUGACGGAGCUAAUCAUAACGACUUUGAAAUCAAAAUGAUGCAAGGGUUCAACCUACAGGAGAAUAGCCAAUUCCCCAUUCUUUUGUCGCCAUUGUUACCAAAGGGCGCUUCAGAGUUUAAUGAUGAAGGGAAACCAAUUAUUAAAAUGACAUGGGAUCUUCUGGCGUUGGUCGGGGGUAUACCAAUCAUUAAACAUGCAAAGUUGGAUGUUCUUCCAUUGCGAUUCGAAUUGGAUUACUCAACAGCGAAAUUGCUCCAGUCAUAUUUGUUUCCCAAGGAUGACGAUCUGGAACUCGAUGAUAGUGACGACUCUGAUGACUCUAGUGAUUUCUCAUCUUCGGAUGAAACUUACAAUGAUGCGUCAGAACAGUCCUCAUUGAUGACAAACGAAACGACGCAUUCGAAAAGCCCAUGGAGAAAGUUUUUAUCCAAGCGCAAGCCAUUGACUCCGAAGAUCAACUCGGAGAGAGGUAUGGAUACUCCGUUCAAUGGUGGUACUUCCAGUCCGGCUAGCUCAACCCAAGGCUCUCAUGAAUCCCAUUUGUUCAGCUCUCAAAAUUCGGCAUUACUUCGAAGGAAAGACAAGACGACAAGCACCAAGAUCACAAAACCGGGUAAAUACAAUUCCAAUAAUGAUGUCUUGGACGACGAGAUUGAGACCUUGAUUGCACGUUCAUUGAAAUUCAAAUCCAUAAUUGAUGUUGAGAUUUCCAACUUUGAUUUAAUGGUGAGUUUCCUGGGUCCAAAGAGUUUACACUUGUUGAACGUGAACCAGUUGGUGUUAUCGAUUCCAACUUUACAAUAUCAGUACAAGAUUUGGUCGGGCGAGGAUUUUACAGAUCGAUUGAAGAAGGAUAUCAUAAAGGUCAUUUUGCAACAUACGGGUAAAAUUUUGGGUAACAAAUUCCAGUACAAGAAGAAAAUGACAAGCUCCAAACCGUUGAAGCAGAUUUCAAGUUAUGAGGGGUUUAUGACCUUGGAAGAUCUACAAGAUCUGGGCAAUCAAGAUGAUGGAAUACAUCUUACACCAGAAACUUCAAGGGUUCGUCAUAGUAACCACGUUCGAAGUAACCAUCAUGUUGUCAGGCAUGGCCCUGCUAACGAGGAAACGUAUAAAGCAUACUUGGCCGGCGACAGAAAUUUAGAGAAUGUUGUUUCUAACGCCAGUGAAGACAAAGUUGAAGGUGACGUAGAUGCGCCCUGA